AUUGAGAUAGACCUGGGGAAGAAGUGCUGGUACCACUCCGUGUUCGCCUGUCCCAUCCUCCGGCAGCAGACGUCAGAGAGCAACCCUCCCAUGAAGCUCAUCUGUGGACACGUCAUCUCCAGAGACGCCCUCAACAAACUCACCAACGCUGGAAAACUGAAAUGUCCCUACUGUCCCAUGGAGCAGAACCCGUCAGAUGCCAAGCAGAUCUUCUUUUGAUCCCCCAUCCUGUUUCCUGAAACUGCCAGGCCCUUGGAGCUACAGUAGCUACCUGCUACCCCAGGACCCCUGGAAA